GCCCCACGAGAACAUAUUCAGGUUCAUUGUGCUCCUUUGUUUCUCUUGAACAAUCAGGAAAUCACAUACCAAGAAAUUUGUAGUAAUGGAGAAUUUAGAACACAGUUUUCAUAUGGCCCAAGGGGAAGGAGAACAUAGCUACGCAAAGAAUUCUAGGGCUCAAGAGAAGGUUAUCUUGCAGACCAUGCCAGUCAUUGAGAAUGCCAUAAAAGAAGUAUACACAACUCUUGUUCCCAGAACCAUGGUCAUUGCUGACCUAGGAUGCUCUUCAGGACCAAACACAUUGCUCUUUAUAUCCAAUGUGAUAAACAUCAUAGCUGGCCAAUACAAUAAACCUGGUGAUCCUGUGGAACUUCAAAUCUUCCUAAACGACCUACCAGGUAAUGACUUCAACCAACUAUUCAGUUCUCUCAAAGACUUGAAGCUAGAUACAAGUGAACAAACAGGAUACACACCCCCAUUGUGCUACAUUUCUGGGUUGCCAAAAUCAUACUACAGCAGACUGUUUCCUCGCCAAAGCGUCCAUCUCUUUCACUCCUCUUGCUGCCUUCACUGGCUCUCUCAGGUACCUGAGGAACUAUAUGCACGGAAAGGAGCUUUCUUAAAUGAAGAUAAUAUUUAUAUCACAAAGACCACACCAUCAUGUGUGGUGAAGUGCUUCCAAGAGCAAUUCCAUAAGGACUUCUCCCUCUUCUUGAAGUUGCGCCACAAAGAACUUAUAUAUGGAGGGGAAAUGGUUCUAACAUUUUGUGGGAGGAAGGAUGAGGAUGUAUACAAUGGAUAUCUCAACAAACUCUUUGGAUUAGUUGCAAGAUCACUACAAUCUCUUGUUGGAAAGGGCCUCGUGGAGAAAGAAAAACUAGAAGCUUUUAAUCUACCGCUAUAUGGGCCAUCAAUUGGUGAAGUGAAGGAAAUAGUCAAGGAAAGCCACAUGUUCAAAAUAGACUAUAUCAAAUUAUUUGAGCAAAAUUGGGAUCCUUACGAUGAUACAGAAGACAAUUAUGUUCAUGACAGUGGUCGUAGUGGUAUGAAUGUCUCUAAGUUUGUUAGAGCACUAUUGGAGCCUUUGAUUGCAAGCCAUUUUGGAGAAACCAUACUUGACUUAUUGUUCGCUGAUUAUGCAUGUCUCGUUUCCAAGCACCUUGAGCAAGAGAAGACAAAAAACGCCCUGAUCGCCGUGUCUUUGAAGAAAAUAUAGUGGAUAUCUUGAUUGGCAUUUCCUUAAAGAAAACAUAGCGGAUAUCCUGAUCGCAAUCUCCUCAAAGAAAAUAAGUGGAUAUAUGAGUGUCAUUAGUCAAAUUUCUACUAGUGUUUAUUAAGAUAAAAAUAUACUAUCCUAUUAUAGAAAUGAUUUGUAGAGGCACUUCUAUUUUCUCAAUCAUGGUUGUUGAAGUCAACGACCCAACAAAUGAGCCAUGUCUGAAUAUCAGUUUUCAAACACUGUCCUACUUUUAAGGGUGGCUGGGAACUACACCUAAAAUUUAUGUGGCUAGUAAUUCGCAUUUCACAUUCACUUAGAUGGAAAUUUCUAGUGACGAAAAUUCAAAAUGUCAUCAUCAUCGGUGUAGCAUGGUAUCUUCUCUUCUCUUUCAUCCAUAUCUCUUCUCCUUUCUCCUUUAUCUCUUCUCCUUCUCUCUAGCAGCCAGCAGCUGUGGUCGAGCUCAACCAUAGAAAUAGGGUCGUUCAUAGAUUGUGAAUUUAAGCAACAAAGAAUAGUACUCCAUUUUUACUGUUUAAUAUAUGGCUAUGGCCAUUCCUCUAGUAC